AUGUUGAUGGACUGCUCGUCCGAGGCAAGAUUGACAGAGGCUCAUAACAUUGCGGAACAUCUGGAGGAGUUGGUGAAACUUGCCGAUAAGUUUCUAUCGGAUCGGUCUAAGGAUGAAUCGUUGGUAGAGGAGCCGACUUAUCCGACUCACGCCAGACGAGAUUUAGAGUCGGAAUUGUAUUUGCUGAAGACGGAGAACGAUCUGCUCAAACAGAGGUGCAAGAAAGAGGGCAGGGUUGCGACACUCACUGAAGAAAUGGGCGAGCUGGUGAGAAUGCAAGCUGCGACGAUCUCCCGGCUGGAGGGCGAGCUGAAGAAUACAAGGGAAGAAUGCAGACAGCUGAGACAGCGGGUGCAAGGCAAGUCUCGGAUCGCGAAAGACAGUUCGGUUACACAUGAGAACACGACACCGAAGAAGAAGGGAUCGUCUGGUAGUGGUGUGAGCUCUCUCAUCGAGAAGUACUCGCCCCCAGAGGGCUGCACUCCGUCGAUGAUGAUGCUAUUAAUUGACAUUUCGAACUCAGGAAGUAUUUGCCUCGGGCUCUUGGUUGAGUUGACAGUGACUAUUGACGGCAUACAGAACUUCCAUUGUACCGGUCUGCGGCUCAAGUCCUUAUCGAGAUGGAACAGUUUCGUCUUCGUGAAUUUGACCUCGCCCAGCUGCUGCAGUCGCUCUUGGACUGUUGUUGAGACGAUGUUCCUACGUAUGGGACCGCUGCUUGGCAGUAACUGCUUACACAGACGAGGACGACGAGGAUCUGCCCAGCAGGAUGUUGGUACUCAAGAGACGAUCCAAAGAGUGCACGAGGAGGGGUCCAUUAACACUGUCUCGUCAGCUUCCCGGCCGUACGACUGGACAGCUCUGCCCGCCUUGUCGGCGAAGGAUUAUCUCUAUCUCUGUGCUUUAAUUGGCGGUCUUGGCUCGAUUACAUCACUGGCUAUACCGUUCCUGUUGAAAGACGUCAUGCACCUUCAUCCAGCGGAGACUGCGCUGCUUGGGGCUAUCGCGUCCAUACCGAUGCUGUUCAAACCCGCAGUGGCAGUGGCAUCGGACUACCUUCCUCUUAUGGGCUACAGACGGAAGCCUUACCUCGUUCUGGGCUCGGCAUUGCACAGCAUAAGCUUGAUCGCGCUGGCUCAUCUGCCGGCAGGGACAAGUUUCGUGCCCAUCGCACUGAUAGUAUUGGCAAUCUCCUCUGCUGGUGCAGUAGUUGUCACUGUAAAGGACACGUUGAUGUUGGAGACUAGUAAUCGCGGUGAAGCAGGUGGAGCCGAUUUGAUUUCGGACAUGUCCAUCUUGGCUACCGGAGGGGCUCUCUCGGUAUGA